AUGUCUGAAAAUAAGCAUUGUACGGAAUGCAAAAUCACUACAUCAACCAAAUUCCGCUCACUAAAGAGAGAGAAAUGGAGAGAAGCUGAGAGAAACGACUUAAUAAAAGAAACUUGGAUGGAAGGUGAUAUUUUUUGUAAUAUUUGUUAUAUGAAUUUUGUAGAAAAUCCUCUAAAGAGAGGUCUUAAGAAGGUAAAAAUUAUGGACAAAGAAUCUGUGGACGAAGAAAUAGAUGAAGAAGCUAUAGGCGAAGUUAUAGAAGAAGAGGUAAGUAUGAAGAUUGAUUUUACGGGUGUCAUCAAGGUGAUGGCAAAAAUUCUUUAUGAAAGAGAACAUCUGAAGAAGGAGAGUCCCAUAUACACAUUUGACGAAAUGCGAAGAUUACUUCAAGGAAUUGAGCCAAGCUUGGAGGAUUUCUUUGACCAACUUUAUUUGGUAGCUCGACCAUCAAAAC